CGCAAAGCAUUUUACACUCUACUACCUAUAUUUAUUUCCAAGGGUAAAAAUAACCAAAGGAUUAGACAUAAUAAUAAAAAUGCCUUUAAAGAAGAUAAUGAAAGGAUUGCCGAAAGACAAGUUACCUGCUGAUGGUUUGAUGUCCAGUGAUUUAGAAGUUUUGACUCCGUGUCAGGUUGCGUGUACUGAACGACUCGGUAACACUUUACAAUUGGAACAAGAAACAUAUUUAUUGCAGCAUCCAGAGGUUAAAGCGAUGCUAGAAUUAUUUAUAUGCAAAAUGUCGCAAAAGAAUAAGAGGAAUGGAGUUUUAAAAGAGGCAGCCGAGUAUUUCACUAGACCUGCCGAGGAACUCGAUAAAGAAAUACUUGAAAGGCUUAAUUUACUCCCUGAAGGAUUCAAUACCCGGGGCGUGAAUUUACCGGAACCUUAUGCCGAUGAAAUGUUAAUGAUUGAUUUGAGAAAACUAAUCAACACUCACAAUAAACCGAAUUCACCAAUGAUUCCCUCACCAGCAGAGACAACAUACAAUACGGAGUCAUCAUCUUUUGUGUCCGUCAAAACUUCGGAUACAACACUGUCUACUCCUGAACCUAUACCGACGCCGGAGAUGACGCUCUCCGAGACUAUGUUCCUCUUUGUCUCGAACACAGUUGAUAAGGCGAUUUUUCUCCGCGUCGACGAUGAGGUUUUGAACUUCGAUACAGCUUAUAUAGAGCUUUCUAAAGCUGUCGAGAGAGCUAUUGAGGUGCCGGUGGUCGAAAUAAGAAUAGACAUUGCGCAACUUUUACAAAACGCCUACAAAAUGUUUGAAUUUAAUAUUAUAGAAAAAGAGCGGAUUGCUGCUGAAAUUGCUUGGGAAAAGAGAAUGAGGAAAAAACUGAAGAGAACUAUAAGGCGCUUGGACAAUUUUAAAGGAUACAUAACGCCGCCUACGCCAAAGAGCGAGAUUUCUUCCCAUGAGAGCUAUAAAAUACCACCUCCUCGCCCAUGUAUAUGCCACCCGCAAUAUCACUAUAACCGAUAUCCAAAGGACAGGUUUGGUAUAUACCUGCCAGGUGAAAAUAAUUUCAGCAUAGGUAACGUUACUGUAUCGCCAGACAUAUCUGAAUCGAGUGAUGAUGACAAUAGCGAGGAUAAACAGGCUAGCUAAAUUCGUUACUACGGCGAGGCGGACGCAACAAAACUCAACUCAACUUUUAUUUUUCUUGGAUUGCACUUGUAAUUCCCAUUCAAUAUUUGCUUUUUCAUUAUUAUACUGAGCAGUAUUUUUACGCUCAAAUGAGCAACAUAAAUGAGUGAACUUGUAAAGUCAGUUUGCUGACUUUUGCUUGACUAUUGACGUGCAUUCGUGUAAUGAGCGUCGACUCAGCGAACGAA